UUUAUCUAGAUUCAUUAACAUAAAUAUGAAUGUGGAAAAUGCUAGAAUGACUUACAUUGUGAAACGGAGGAAGUAGCUCCUUAAUUAAAGAACACCAGGAUAAUAUAUGCUGAUAGCUGGAUAUAGUUGACCUUUCACUGAAUAUGUCGACUGGCUACGCAUAACUGCAGAUGAACUAUGAUUGAUCAAAUGCAUGAUUAAUUAAUUAACACAGCAACUUCAAGGAGCAGGCGAUCGAGUACGUGAAGCAGGCGGUGCAGGAGGACAAUGGCGGCAACUACGUCAAGGCGUUCCCGCUCUACAUGAACGCCCUCGAGUACUUCAAGACCCACCUCAAGUACGAGAAGGACCCCAAGAUCAAGGACGCCAUCGCCGCCAAGUUCACCGAGUACCUCCGCCGCGCCGAGGAGAUCCGCGCGGUCCUCGAUGGGCACAUCGGCGGCGGCGGCGGCGGCGGCGACUCCGAGCAGGCCAAGCCGAGGGGCAUGCUCAGGUCGGCCAUCGUCGCCGCGAAGCCGAGCGUCAAGUGGAGCGACGUCGCCGGCUUGGAGAGCGCCAAGGAGGCACUGCAAGAGGCCGCCAUAUUGCCUAUCAAGUUUCCACACUUCUUUACAGGCAAGCGAAGCCCAUGGAAAGCUUUUCUUUUGUAUGGUCCACCAGGAACUGGAAAGUCUUAUUUGGCUGAAGCUGUUGCAACCGAGGUUGAUUCAACAUUCUUCAGCAUAUCUUCAUCAGACCUUGUUUCAAAAUGGAUGGGAGAAAGUGAGAAACUAGUUGCUAAUCUUUUCCAGAUGGCCCGUGAAAAUGCUCCCUCCAUUAUCUUCAUCGAUGAAAUCGAUUCUUUAUGCGGCCAACGUGGAGAAUGUAAUGAAAAUGAAGCUUCCCGGAGAAUCAAGACUGAACUUCUUGUGCAAAUGCAGGGUUUCGAUAAUAGCAAUGAUAAAGUUCUGGUUCUUGCUGCUACAAAUAUGCCACAUGUUCUGGACCAGGCUAUGCGGCGACGGUUUGACAAAUGUAUCUACAUUCCCCUACCUGACUUGAAGGCAAGGAAAGACACUUUUAAGAUCCACAUUGGGGACACACCACAUAGCUUAACUGAAGGUGAUUUUGUGAGCUUGGCCUAUCAAACAGAGGGGUUUUCUGGCUCAGAUAUUGCUGUUUGUGUGAAGGAUGCGUUAUUUCAACCUGUGAGGAAAACACAGGAUGCCAAGUUCUUCAUCAAGGCAGACGAUGACACGUGGACGCCAAGUGAACAGAGUCAGCCUGGUUCCAUACAAACCACCAUGCAGGAACUCGCAUCAAAAGGUUUGGCUGCCAAGAUUCUUCUUCCACCAAUCUCAAAGAUAGAUUUCGAUGAAGUCCUCGUGAGGCAGAGACCAACGGUGAGCAAGAAAGAUCUAGUGGUGUAUGAGAAGUUCACACAAGAGUUCAGUGAGGAGGAGAUAUUUAUUUCCCCUCUAUCUAAUGAAAAACCACAAUCUCAUGAUGUUCCUUUCAAAAAAAGUGAGGAGGAGAUAUUGACAAUGCAGAAAAAAACGAAAAGUGAGGAGGAGAUAUUGACGAUGCAAAAGAAAACGAAAUCCCCUAUGAGGAAUUUUCUUAAUGUGUGGGCUAAAGCAUGCUGUUGUGCCAGUACAAUUUGAGGUAUGUACAAAAUAAAAUAAAGAUAAGGGCAAUAAGUUAAGGAGAUGUGUGUUGCACCUUAUCUGUACGCCAAAGUGUAGAGAGUGAAAUAUGCAUAUAAUUGCAUCAUGGUAGAUCAUUUACAUGAUUAAUUGUUGCUUUCAGUACUACUGAAAUAAUUGUUUGUUGGCCAUAUAUCCAUGAAUAAGACAAUCAUUAUUU